AUGGCUAAUGUCAAUGAAUUAUCAUCAAAACAAAGUAAUGGACAUAACUUGGAAUCAAAUAGACAUCUAAAAAAUGGAGACUUUUUUAAACACAACGAAAUUAAGGAUAAAAUUAAACGCGAAAAAAGAGAAACUUUUGAACUCAAAGUUUUAUUAAAUCAAAAGUCUAAAAAUAAAUUAAGUGAUAAUAUAAGUGAUGAUAAAAGUAGUGAUAAUUGUGAAAUUGAAUCUCUCGGACAUACAAAAGCCAAUAUUGCGAAUAAAAAACAGAUUUUUGGACAUAGAGUUAGUUUUGGUGAUCAGUCAAGUGUAUCAUUUGAAGGUAAAGGUGUGACUAAUUUUGAAGGUGAUGUCACUACAUAUGAUAGUCAAAUGAUUACCAUUGAAAAGGAAGAGAACAAGAAUAUCAUUGAAGUGUUACGUCAAGUGGUGCGCACGUGUACACAACCGGACGCGUCUAAGAGACCAUCAGCUAAUGACAUCAACCAAUUGCUUAAUUCAUACCUCUAAGUCUGACAAAUGUCUGAAACAAAUGUUUGACUCAAUCUUCAAAUCACACAUUCAUUUAAAAAACAUUCAUUUGUUGAGUCGUUGGCCUUCUUUUGGUUGCAGACUAUAUACUAUUAUAAUUGCAUAUUUGGUAUCGACUGAGACAUAGACAGUUUUGUUGUCAUAUUUUGCGGAAUCCUUUAAUCUGAGGCC